AUGACUGUUGUCAAGGACAAUUCCAGAUUCGACUUCAUUGUCGUCGGUGGAGGCACAGCCGGCAACGUCGUUGCCGGUCGCCUGGCUGAGAAUCCCAAUGCUAGAAUCCUAGUUAUUGAAGCUGGUGUCGAGAACGCCAAGGACCUUGAAGCCAUCAGAGUUCCUUCCAAUGCGAUGGAACUUCGUGAUAGUGAGUAUGACUGGGCCUUCAAAACAACCAUGGUUAAGCGAGACGACUAUGAGCGCGUUGAGAAGCCCAACACGCGUGGAAAGGUCCUCGGUGGUAGUUCCUCUUUGAACUACUUUACCUGGGCGCCUGGAUCCAAAGGCACUUUUGAUAUGUGGGAGGAGUACGGUGGAAAAGAGUGGACAUGGGAUCCACUUGUUCCCUACCUGCGGAAAAGCGUCACUUACCAUGACGACGCAAAUGCACACUCGCCGGAGCUAAAGAAGAUUGGCCAAAACGGCCCGAUCCCGAUUGCUCACUCGGAACUUAUCCCUGAGAUGCAGCCUUUUAGAGACCUUCUCACAAAGGCAUGGAAAUCGACUGGUCAUCCAGUGACCGAGAAUAUUUUCGACGGCACUAUGUCUGGCCUAACUCAUAGUGUCAACACUAUUUACAAGGGUCGUCGCUCUGGCAGCUUCCUUUGUGUUGCCGACAAGCCAAACAUCACUAUUCUUCCUCAAGCGCAUUCGAAAAACCUCAUUAUCGAUGACAAGACUUGCAAGGGUGUUACUGUCAUCCUAAGCUCGGGCCAGGAGCUUAAUCUCUUCGCCAACCGUGAAGUCAUUGUCUCCGAAGGUGUCUUCGAGACUCCUAAGCUCUUGAUGCUAAGCGGUAUAGGGCCUUCUGAGGAGCUUAAAAAGCACGGUAUCCCGGUGAUUGUUGAUAGUCCUCAUGUCGGGCAGCAUCUCCUAGAUCACCCCGGUGUUCCUUUCGUUCUUCGUCUUAAAGAUGGCUUCGGUAUGGACGAUUACGUUUUACGUAAAGGAACCCCACAUCACAAUCAAGCUAUUCAAGCCUACCAAAACAAUCAUGGUGGUCCAUUGGGCUCCGGGUUCCUUGAAAUGGUUGGAUUCCCCCGGAUUGACAAGUACUUGGAAAAGGACCCUCUCUACCGCGAAGCGAAAGCCUCCAACGACAACAAGGACCCAUUCUGUCCAUACGGCCAGCCGCAUUUCGAACUUGACUUUGUCUGUCUUUUUGGCAGUGCCUUCCAGUGGCACUAUCCGACCCCUAGUAAGGGCAACUACAUGACGGUGAUGGUGGAUCUUGUCCGCCCUGUUUCUGAAGGCGGCACAGUUACGCUCAACAGCAGCGAUCCCUUGCAGCAAGCAAAUAUCAAUCUCAACUACUUCAACAAUGAUCUCGAUAUCAUUGCCAUCCGCGAGGGUAUCCGGUAUGCCUAUGAUGUCCUGCAUAGCGACGGUUUCAAGGACAUCAUCGAGGACGAGUACCCCUUCCCGAUGCCGCUGCACGACGACAAGCUCAUGAAAAGAACUGUGCUCGAUCGCUCUCAGACCUCAUUCCAUCCCUGUGGUACUGCCCGUCUCUCCAAGAACAUCCAGCAGGGUGUGGUGGAUGCCGGUCUCAAGGUUCACGGCAUCAAGAAUCUUCGUGUGAUCGACGCAUCUUGUAUCCCUGUCAUUCCCGACUGUCGGAUUCAGAACUCCGUUUACAUGAUUGCCGAGAAGGGUGCCGAUGCUAUUAAGCGUGACCAUUCUGACUUCUACAAAUAA